AUGACAAAAGUGGAUGACGUGGAUCACUUGUUCGAAGUACGCAAUAAUUUCUUCCUUGGAGCAUAUCAAAGUUGUAUUAAUGAGGCUCAAAAUCUGCGAAUAAAAGAGGAAAAUGAUAAGCUACUGAAGGAUGUCUAUAUGUACAGAGCAUAUCUCGCGCAAAAUAAGCCAAAUUUAGUGUUAAGUGAAAUUGACAAGUCUUCAUCUUCACCCGCUCUAAGAGCAGUUCGAUGUUUCGCAGAUUAUUUAGCCAAUCCAAAUAAAAGAACAACAAUAGUGAAAGAAUUUGAAGCGGAGCUGAAUAAAGAGAUUCCUCAGGACGAUACCGUUUUAUUAUUGGCAGCUCACAUGUACAUCCAUGAGCAGAAUGUUGAGGAAGCAUUACGUUUGCUACAUCAAUGCGAUUCUUUGGAAAGUAAAGCGUUGACUGUUCAGUGUCUACUAAAGAUUGAUCGAGUAGAUCUGGCUGUGAAAGAAAUCAAAAAAAUGCAAGAAAUAGAUGAAGAUGCUACUAUAACUCAGCUAGCGCUUGCCUGGGUCAACAUCGCGCUUGGAAAAGAUAAGCUGAAAGAUGUUUUUUAUGCUUAUCAAGAAAUGAUAGAUAAAUAUGGUGCCACACCGCUUUUGUUAGUCGCUCAGUCAUGUAGCCUAAUUCAACAACAAAAAUACCAGGAAGCGGAGAAAUUACUUCUGGAAGCACUGCAAAGGGAUGCCAACAAUGCAGAAGCAAUCAUAAACUUGGUUGUUGUCAGUCAGUACCUCGGAAAAGCAUCAGAAGUAAUCCCAUUGAAAUAUGUUUUAAUGAUGACAAACCGCUAUGUCAAUCAGUUGAAGGAAGGCUUUUCAAAUCAUCAAUGGACUCUCGAUUACAUAGCUCGCGAGAAAGCUUUUGAACGAGUUGCAGCAGAAUUGGAAGUUUAA